GCGCCCGCGGUGCCCACAACAUGGCUGCGGCGCCGGGGCUGCUCCCCUGGCUGCUCUUGCUCGGACCGCUUUGGUGGGUCCCGGGCCAGCCGGAUCCCAGCCCCGGCCGGCGCUUCUCGGACCUCAAAGUGUGCGCGGACGAGGAGUGCAGCAUGUUAAUGUACCGCGCUGAAGCCCUCGGAGACUUCACAGGCCCUGACUGUCGUUUUGUGAACUUUAAGAAAGGCGACCAUGUGCAUGUUUACUACAAACUUGCAGGGGGAUCCCCGGAAGUUUGGGCUGGGAGUGUUGGGCAAAUCUUUGGAUAUUUUCCAAAGGAUUUGAUCAAAGUUCUUCACAAAUACACGGAAAAGGAGCUACAUGUUCCAGCAGAUGAGACAGAUUUUGUCUGCUUCGAUAGUGGAAGAGAUGAUUUUGAUAAUUAUAAUGUAGAGGAACUUCUAGGGUUUUUGGAACUGGAUGACUCUGUACCGGAAGAGUCUAAGAAAGCUGAAGAAGUUUCUCAGCAGGGAGUGAAAUCUCCUGAAGGGGCUCAGGCCACUGAACUUGACCCCCAACCUGAGCCUGAGCUAGCCAAAGCUGACUCAGGGGAACAAGAAGGUGCAUUCUCAGAGAGCACUGAGGAGCUGCAGGGACAGUCCCCAGCUCAGGAGAGCCACCCACAUGCCACUAGUGCAGCGGAUCACGCUCAGGGGGUGCAGUCUUCCUUGGACAAUUUUGAGGAAAUGCUGCACGAUAAACUGAAAGUGUCAGGAAGUGAAAACAGAACCAGCAAUAGUUCUCCUGUCCCCACGGAGCAGGAGAAGAUAGAUGCUUACAAAGUUCUGAAAACAGAAAUGACUCUUGACUUGAAAACCAAGUUUGGCUCGACUGCCGACGCGCUGGUGUCUGACGACGAGGCCACCAGACUGGUCACUUCGCUAGAAGACGAUUUCGAUGAAGAACUGUAUGCUGGCUAUUACCUAAUGGAGAAUGAAGAAGAGGAGAAUGCGGACAAGUAUGAUGAGCUACCGUUACUGUCCUUUGCAGAUGAAGACGAUGAGAGAGUCCCCGGGAAGCCUGUCAUGGAGAAAUAUUCAACAGAUAAGGACCCGAGUGAAGAGGAUAAAGUUGACCCCACUCUGCCUCCUGGCAUCCAAAAGGACAAUAAAGAUUUAUUGACAAGCUUGGGGGAUACUUUCUUCUCUAUUGUCAAAGGAGGCGAAGGAAAAACAGGUGUGGUGGAUUUAGAGCGUUCUAACCCGGUGGAAGACAAGGAGGAUGCGCUGGUUUCAGGUAGCCAUCAGAGGAAGCCACAGUCAGCAGCUGGCCAUGUGGACCCUGAGGAUGAAGAAGAUGACCUCUUUGUAGAAGACUCCAAAAUCAGUGGUGAGAAGAAGUCAGAAACAGAGCUUGUCCUUACAGCAGAAGAGAAGGUAACACAGGAAUCCAGGAGAGGUCUGGCACACCAGGAGCCCGAGUCAGAGGUUGCAGAGUCGGACACGGUGGCUGCUUAUCAACCCCAAAGUAGCAAGCUUGACCCUCUGCCAGCUGCUGAAAAGGGCAAAGAGUUUACAUUAAAAGCUGUCUUUGAAAAAAAAGAAAAUGGCCUUAAAGAACCAGUUAUCCAUAUCUCAAAGGAAAUGGUUCACGAAGAAGAGACCAGAGACGAUAUAGAGAGUGACUCGGUACACAGAGCUGUGGGGAGCCCAGAGACGGGAAAUCAUAGCAAACGUGAAUCCUUGGAUGCUGCGCCACUUUUAGGAGAUAGCCAGUCUGGCGCAUCCAAGGACAGAACGGAAGUCUCAGGCGCUUCCGCCAGUGAGCCAAAAGUGGGCCAGCGGGAGGGAUUUCAGAAUCAACCUAGAUUCCCCUCUCCAGAGGAAACUGGUCUUUCGAGAGAACUGGGGGGGAAAGUUCCUACUCUGGGAAGAGAUGAAGCUGUUGGAGAGAGCAGAGAAGACCCUGCAGCUGUAGAACCACCUCACCCCCAGGUCAUACAGGGGACACAGGAGGCCGAUAGCCCGGAAGUGCCCAGAGUCCAAACCCAAAGGUCGGAAGCAGAGGAGGACGACGAUCCCCCUGAGGAGCUACUGGAGGAUGAAAAUGCUGUCAGUGCACGGCAGUCUAAAGAAAAGCACCCCAGCAUUCACCACAGGAGGUCAGAUAUGAACUCUGAAGUUUUUGAAAAAGUAAUUGUAGGAACCCUUAAUCUUGACACUGAAGAAAGCAAACAAGCACCUAAUAUGAUUUUGGAGGUUGGAAAAAACAGUGAAAUUACAUCGGAAGAGGCAGAUGGUAUGGGCGAGAACUCAGGCAGUGGGGUGGUGGGCCAGGAAGAAAGCCACCUGGCAGACGUGAAAGCUCAGGGGCCAUCUGAAGCCCACAGCCCUCAUGAGAAGAUGGCAGCUCACACUCCAGGCUUUUGGGAAGCCAUUCAGAGUCAGGAUCCAAAUGACCUACAAAACGACAACCCCAAGGAGCUAGUCAACACCUUGGGGCUUGUGGAGAUUCCUGGGGGAGAAGAAAUCUCAGAGGGGGAGCCUGAGGAUCCUGAGGCGCUUGGAGGCUCAGAAAGCCAGGGGCCUGAUGCUGAAGACCUUGGGGAUGGCCCGCCCCAACAAGCUACACCUGAAAUUCCUGACAUAGUGCUCAAGAGCAUACGGGAAGACCUGCCCAUCAUCAACAGCUUCUUCAAGGACCAGAAGUCCCUGUAUCGCUUCCUGAAGUACUUUGAUGUCCACGAGCUGGAGGGCAUGCUACAAGAUAUGUCCAUAAGGCUGAAGUCAGCACAGCGGGACAGUCUGCCCUACAACGCCGAAAAAGUCCUAGAUAAAGUCUUCCGUGCCGCCGAGUCACGAAUUCUAAGUGUGGCAGAGAAUAUGCUCGAUACUCGAGAGAACAAAAAUAGAGAUCUGGGGACACAAGAGAACAGCCUGUUAGAAGAAGCUGCGGUGCUGGAUGACGUCCAGGACCUGAUCUACUUUGUCAGGUACCAACACUCCGGAGUGGAGACGGCCCCACUGGUCACACCUCCACCUCAGCAGGAAGGUGGCGCUGGACCAGUAGAAGAGGUGCAGCCACCCCAGCGGGACAACUUCCCACAAGAAAACACAGAAGAUCUUAGUGUGCCGCUUCCAGAGGAGCCUGGUCUCUCGGAUCAAUCCGUGACCAGUGUGCCACUUCUGGAACAGCCUGGUCUCUCAGAUCAACCUGUGACCAGUGUGCCGCUUCCAGAACAGCCUGGUCUCUUGGAUCAACCCGUGACUGGGCACAUGAGUGCCUCAGAGGCGUCACAGAAGUCAAAUACUGAGAAAGACAUAGAUCCAGGUUUCCUUGUAACCGAAGACUCUCCUGUUGGGGCUGGUGAUGCAGAAAAGCUCCUGGAGACAGGGGCAGAGGAGCCAGUGACCGUCCCGCCUCUGGAAAACGCACUUGGUUCUCUGUAUUCCUUCAUCCUUUAUAUAAGUAAGAUGUUGAUUGCCACGUUGCCCGAUAAUGUUCAGCCUGGCCCUGACUUUUAUGGACUACCAUGGCAGCCUGUGAUCGUGACUGCCAUCUUGGGAAUUGUCUCAUUUGCAAUUUUCUCCUGGAGAACUAUUCUUGUUGUAAAGAGUAGAGUAUAUCAAGUUACCGAGAAGCAAAUUUCUAAAAAGUUGGAGAAUAUCAAGAAAGAAAAUGCAGAACUUAUGGAAAAAUUGUCAAAUUAUGAACAAAAGAUCAAAGAGUCAAAAAAACAUGUUCAAGACACAAAGAAAGAAAACAUGAUUCUCUCUGAUGAAGCUAUUAAAUACAAGGAUAAAAUCAAGGAACUUGAAGAAGCUAAUGAAAUUCUGAGUGACAAAGCCAAACGUCUUCAUCUUCUGUUAGAGUCCGAAAGAGAACAGAAUGUCACGAAUCAGGGCGUGAUACUAGAAAAGAAGAAGUCUAUUGAAAAGUUGAAGGAUGUCAUUUCGAUGGAUGCAUCAGAACUUUCAGAGGUUCAAAUUGCCCUUAAUGAAGCCAAGCUUAGGGAAGAGAAUGUAAAAUCUGAAUGUCAUCGUGUUCAGGAAGAAAAUGCCAGGCUUAAGAAGAAGAAAGAGCAGUUGCAGCAGCAGAUUGAAGAAUGGAGUAAAUCACAUGCUGAGCUCACUGAGCAAAUCAAGUCAUUUGAGAGAUCCCAGAAAGACUUAGAAGUAGCUCUUACUCACAAAGACGACAGUAUUAAUGCUUUGACUAACUGCAUCACACAGUUGAAUCGGCUGGAGUGUGAACUUGAAUCUGAGGAUGAGAAUAAAGGAGGAAGUGAGUCAGAUGAGCUGGCUAAUGGAGAGGUGGGAGGUGACCGGAAUGAGAAGAUAAAGAAUAGAAUUAAGCAGAUGAUGGACGUCUCUCGGACACAAACUGCAAUGUCAGUAGUUGAAGAGGAUCUAAAACUUUUACAGCUUAAGCUAACAGCAUCAAUGUCCACCAAAUGCAACCUGGAAGACCAAAUCAAGAAAUUGGAAGAUGACCGUAACUCGCUACAGACCGCUAAAGCCGGGCUGGAAGAAGAGUGCCAAACUCUGAGGCAGAAAGUGGAGAUCCUGAAUGAGCUGUACCAGCAGAAGGAGAUGGCUUUGCAGAAGAAACUGAGUCAAGAAGAGUAUGAGAGGCAAGACAGAGAGCAGCGACUGUCAGCUGCAGAUGAGAAGGUGGUUCUGGCUGCAGAGGAAUUAAAAACUUACAAGCGGAGAAUUGAAGAAAUGGAAGAAGAGUUACAGAAAACAGAACGAUCAUUUAAAAGCCAGAUCGCUGCUCACGAGAAGAAAGCUCAUGAUAACUGGCUCAAAGCUCGUGCCGCAGAGAGAGCCAUGGCAGAGGAGAAGAGAGAAGCUGCUAACUUAAGGCACAAAUUACUGGAAAUGACCCAAAAGAUGGCAAUGAGGCAAGAUGAACCUGUGAUUGUAAAGCCAAUGCCCGGAAGACCAAAUACUCAGAACCCUCCCCGGAGAGGUCUGAGCCAGAAUGGUUCUUUUGGCCCAUCCCCUGUGAGUGGCGGAGAAUGCUCCCCUCCCCUACCAGCAGAGCCACCUGGGAGACCUCUCUCUGCCACACUCAGUCAAGGAGACAUGCCUAGAAGUGAAUGUGGGUCAUUGGACAGGCAUUUACCUCGCCCUCGAUGGCCAUCAGAGGCAUCUGGAAAACACUCUGCUUCUGACCCAGGUCCAGCUCCUGUGGUGAACAGCAGCUCCAGGAGCUCCUCCCCAGCGAAGGCCACGGAUGAAGGCAAGCAAACUGUUCCCCAAGAGCCUGACGGCCCCUCAGGUUCCAGCAUGGCCCCUUUAGCUGAGCAUCCAGUAGCAGUUAACAUGGCUCCCAAAGGGCCCCCUCCGUUUUCAGGGGUGCCUCUCUUGGGUGGCCCUUUGGGAGGCCCCAUACCACCACCCAUUCGAUAUGGACCACCUCCUCAGUUAUGUGGGCCUUUUGGGCCUCGGCCAGUUCCUCCACCAUUUGUUGCAGGCAUGCGUCCACCAAUAGGCAUAAGAGAAUACGCACCAGGUGUUCUGCCUGGGAAACGGGACCUGCCUGUUGAUCCUCGGGAGUUUUUACCAGGGCAUACACCAUUUAGACCUCCAGGUUCACUUGGUCCAAGAGACUUCUUUAUUCCUCCUGGUACUCGAUUACCACCUCCAACUCAUGGUCCUCAGGACUACCCACUACCACCACCUGCUGCAAGAGACUCACUGCCUUCUGGCCCAAGAGAGGAAGCCCCACCUGCUUCUCCAAGCAGUGCCCAGGACCAUUCACAGGCUUCAAAACCCAGUCCCUAACUUUGACCUCUAUCAUGACUCAAGAGAGAAAGUGGACAGUGCAUAAUUCAUUACAGCAAAGGAUUUCAUUGGCUUCAAAACCUAAAAGUUUAUUUUAAUUUUUUUUUUUUUUAGUACUAAGCUGCCUUGGCAGUCUGCAUUUUUGAGCCAAACAAAAAAUAUUAUUUUCCCUUCUAAGUAAAAAUCACCUCUUAAGCUAGUAUCCUUCCUACUUUGAAAUGUGCAAUAAAGAAUACCUGUGUUUAGUUCAUGUAGCAUAUGUAAUUGCUAAAUGAUUUAGAAUAUCCUACAGUAUGAACAUUUCCUGUGGAAAUGCUUUAAGAACACAUAUUUCCAUGGCCUUGGUCUAGUGUGUGCCAGCUGACAUGGAGCAAGGCAUCAACAGCUCUAUCUGUGUCUCAAAGACUGUUACGCUAAAAAAACGUUUACUCAAGGAUCAUAAACUCUCUCCCAUUGCUAAAGUUCUUUGUAGUAAUAGUUCAUAAACUUUGUUUAUUAAUAUUU